GACCUUAAAUAGGGGGAAGUAGGAGAGCCCUUCCUGAGGUAGAAAAGGCUCUUUUAUGCGUGGUUAUAGCCGGUUGGGGAGACUACCCCCCAAUUGUAGUGGAAGGUUUGAGGGGGCUCCACCCCUUUGAAGCUCAGAUUCCACAUUGGGGACGUGAAGGCUGUGCUCGUUUAAGCCCCACCUUCUGAUUUGGAGGGAAUGUCGCUCACGCGUUUGGGCAGGCCGGCAGAGGGGAAGAGGUCUUGACCCCCUAAAGAGUAGGGGGUGGGUGGGGAAGAACCUUUUCUUCUCUCAGCCCCUACUUAAAGGGGACAAGGAAGGUUGUGCUCACCGAGAAGGGGAAAGCUCUGGCCCCUCUUAGAGGGAGCGGGGAAGAAGAUAGGAGCCAACUCUCCCAAAUGAAAAGGGCUUUUAUAUUACAUUACUUUUUCUCAUGAAUAUCCAAAGCUGCUGAAAGGAAAAUUGACCUCCUAUUGACUGAAAUGGGGAUGUUCUGGCCACUGAUUAUUGAAUUGCGACAAUAUUUAAAUAUGAAUCGGUUAAAGCAACGGAGUUUUAUGUAAGACAUGGAUAGAUGCAAACAUGUUGGGCGGCUAAGACUUGCCCAGGAUCAUUCCAUUCUGAACCCCCAGAAAUGGUACUGCAUGGACUGUAACACCACGGAAUCCAUUUGGGCUUGCCUAAAAUGUUCCCAUGUGGCAUGUGGAAGAUAUAUUGAGGACCAUGCACUUAAACACUUUGAAGAGACCAGACAUCCUUUGGCUAUGGAAAUAAACGAUCUGUAUGUAUUUUGCUAUCUUUGUGAAGACUAUGUAUUGAAUGAUAAUCCCGAGGGUGACCUGAAAUUACUGAGGAGUUCUUUAUCUGCAGUUAAAAGUCAAAAGCAUGAUCCUUCUGCUAGAAGUAGUAGGACAUUGCGGUCAAUGGCUUUGGGAGAGGAUGUUUGCAACCAUCAAAGAGCCCCUCAGGGACAACCUCAGAUGCUUACAGCUCUCUGGUAUAGACGGCAAUCGUUGCUUGCAAAAGCAUUGCGAACAUGGUUUGAUAAAAGUUCUAGAGGCCAACGAAAAUUAGAACAAAAAAAGCAAAUGGAAGAACUGGAGAGGAAAAAGGAAGUGGCCAGGCAGCGACGUCAAGAGAUGAAACGGAGAUUGUUAGAGGAGCUGGCAAACACUCCUCCAAGAAAAAGUGCCAGGCUUUUAUCGCACAUUCACAGAGAGAACCUGAUUCCUCGGAAGUUCAGAGAUAUGGAAGCUAGUUCCCCUACCUCAAGACAAGUGCAGAGUAGCAAAUUCAAACAAUUCUAUUCCAUCCGGCGUAAACCUCUUAUGACUCCUGGUGUGACUGGACUAAAGAAUUUAGGAAAUACAUGCUACAUGAACUCUAUCCUUCAAGUAUUAAGUCACCUCCAGAAAUUUAGAGAAUGUUUCCUGACGUUGGAUCUUUGUGAAACUGAAGAACUCUUAGCUAAGACUGUAAUUGGAAAAUCUAGAAUAUCUGGAAAGCUAGUCACUGGAUCUACUCCAACAGAGUCAGGCAGAAAUGAUCAACUGGGUUCAUUUGGCAGGCAAAGCCUGUCUGUUGGUUUAAAUGGUGGGUCCUCAAUAAGCAAAAGUUUAGAACUAAUACAGCCCAAGGAACCAAGUUCAAAGCACAUCUCUCUCUGUCAUGAACUGCACACACUCUUCAGAGUUAUGUGGUCUGGGAAAUGGGCUUCAGUGUCUCCUUUUGCCAUGCUACACUCUGUAUGGAGUUUGAUUCCAGCAUUUCGAGGUUAUGAUCAGCAAGAUGCUCAGGAAUUUCUUUGUGAAUUGUUGGACAAAGUGCAGCAAGAGCUGGAAUCAGAAGGAACAAAACGCAGGAUCCUCAUCCCUUUUCCACAAAGGAAGCUCACCAAGCAGGUCCUGAAAGUGGUGAACACCAUUUUUCAUGGGCAGCUACUCAGUCAGGUCACUUGUAUAACGUGUAAUUAUAAAUCCAAUACUGUGGAACCCUUUUGGGAUCUUUCCCUGGAAUUUCCAGAACGUUAUCAUUCUAUCAAUAAAGGGAUUGUGCCUCUUAAUCAGACUGAGUGCAUGCUGACUGAAAUGUUGGCCAAAUUCACAGAAACAGAAGCUUUGGAAGGGAGAAUUUAUGCAUGUGACCAGUGUAACAGCAAACGACGGAAGUCUUCUCCCAAACCUCUUGUUCUAAGUGAAGCUAAAAAGCAGUUAAUGAUCUACAGACUACCUCAGGUCCUCCGGCUGCACCUUAAACGAUUCAGGUGGUCUGGACGUAAUCACCGUGAGAAGAUUGGGGUCCAUGUCCUCUUUGACCAGGUAUUAAACAUGGAACCUUACUGCUGCAGGGAUACUUUCUCCUCUCUUGACAAAGAGACCUUUGUCUAUGACCUCUCGGCUGUGGUGAUGCAUCACGGGAAAGGGUUUGGCUCAGGACAUUACACGGCAUAUUGCUACAACACAGAGGGAGGGUUUUGGGUCCACUGCAAUGACUCCAAACUGAAUGUAUGUAGCGUGGAGGAGGUAUGCAAAACCCAAGCAUACAUUCUUUUUUAUACACAAAGAACUAUACAGGGCAGAGCAAGUAUCUCAGAAACACAACUUCAAGCUCAGGUGCUGUCUAAACACAAUGUUAGAAGACUGACACUCCCCUGAAAGGAGACAUUAUUCUCAAUCAACUGAUUCUUUUUCAAAAGCCUUUGGAAUUAAUUCAGCUAGGCAGGAACAAAUACUGUUGCAAGAAUUUUGGAUCCACUGUCUGGAAAAUUUGUCCUCCUACCAUGUGCAACUGUGUUCUAUAAGAUUGUAGCAGAACAUCUAUUUUUUUUAAAAGGCAGAUGCAUUUGUAAACCCUUCCUCCUCCAAACAAAGAGUAACAGCCUCCAAUGUGUACGACCAUUUAUCUUCUUUCAAAGAGGAAUUGCUAUGUGAUAUGAAAAAGUAGGUACAUUCAAAACUUCUGUGUACAGCCAGGAUACAAAGCCAUUAAACUGACCAUAAAUCUAUACAUAACUUAAGAAAAUAAAUGAAUAGUAGAAUUCUAUCUCUGUUCUGUUGAUGUGGUGAUCUGUUGUUGCACCUCUUGGUGUAAAUAACUCACCAAUAUCAUACAUUGUUCUUUCCAACCAACAUAAUUUAUGUAGAUAGGAUUGUACUAUACAAAAACUCUUAAAUGAUUUUUCUAAACUGGGAAAAUAUGCUCAUUGGUUCUUGUUUAUAUCUUUCGGGUAACAAAACAAAUGUUUGUACCCUACAAUUACCCCAAUCUGUUAGAAUGAACAAAAGUGGAAAUUAUAUACACAUCUGAGUAAUUGUUGCAUAUUUCAAUUUGAACCUGUGCUAAAAAUUACAAGUACUGUUUUUCUUCCCCAACUAAUCUUAUUCUUAGCUGCUAACAAGACAGCUAUGUAAACUGAAUUUGCAACCUUUCUUGUGUAUUUAUAAUAGUUAAUAUGGGAUACAUUACUUUCAAGACUUUCAUCAUCUACUGUUUUAUGAUGAGUACUGCAUGAAUAGGUCUUAUGAAUCCAUUCAGGUUCACAGUGACGCUUAGGUUUUUACUAUUACUGACACAUUGUUCAACAAACACAGAUUUUUAAAAAAUCAAUUCUUACCCUAAAUGCAUAAAACUUCUGCAUAUACAAGAAAAAAUGGUCAGGAAUAUAGUAGCCAUUACACAGAGUUACAAGAUCAUUUCACCCUAAUAAUCUCCUUUUCAUGACCAUUUUUCCAUUCAGUUUUCCCUUUGUUGUGUUUUUGGGAAGUCUCAAAGAGGUUUAUUUUGGAGUCUUAUGGUGAAAGGGAUUGCACCUAAAUUGUGCACCUAUAUUUUCUUUUCCCCCAGUUGCUGUUCUUGCUAUCUCAGAGACAUAUACAGCUCUGGAAACAGUACAAAAUCUAGUAUACUGUAUACCAUGUCAUGUAGACUUUAAAUUGGAUGAAUAACAUCCAAUUUAUCAUGGUUACUUUUAACUGUUAACCUUUCAUGAUUAUCACUAGAUCUCAUUGCAGCUAAGCAACUUGCUGCCUUUCAGUUAAGAAAUACUGAUGUACAGCAUACAAAUCCCAUGUUAUUCAUUUAAGAUACAUGAAGUGUCAAGCUGGAGGUCUUUAAAAACAAAAAUGGACAUGGUUCUGGCACAUGCAGUGUUUUUAUGUGCUUUCCUGUGGUAAUUCUGAAUUGGUAUUUUAAAUCCAUCAGCAAAUUCCUGGUGAAAUUGAAUCACAAAAUAAUUUUAAAAAACCUACCGACUUGUUUCUUCUCAUCCUGCUAGGGAACUAUAUUGGAAGUGCAUGGAAUUAUUAUAUGCAGUAUUAGUCUUGACCCUAUGAUUCACUUUCUGAUUGUAUCAAAUUAGUCUCCAGUCAGACAGAUAGGAAUACUCAGAGGCCAGAUGUGACUUAUAAAACAACAUAAUUGCCAUUCCAGAAAGUUUUCUUUUAGCAGAAGCAUUCUUGAUAAUAAAUUCACAAUUCAACUACUGUAAUUAUUAAGAGACAUUUAAUAUAACUUGAAUCAAGGAGCAGACCUUUUUUGGUAGAAUUGACUUUGAAAGGUGAAUUAGUGUAAAAAUCAGCACAAUGAUUUUUACAGCAUGAAAAGCUUUUUAAGGAUUAUCUCCAGGAAAGAUAUUUGGGGCUGACGUGCAGGCCUCAAUUAUUUUGCUUCAAUAUUAUCAUUAUUUCAGAUUAUUCCUCUAUUCAAGAAUCUCAAAACAAAAAUGAAAAGUGGACAUUUUUAUAAAUCAAGAUCUUUCAGCCACUGCCAUUUGCAUUUUCCAAUUUUUUUCUCCCAUUAUUUGUUUUCUUACUGUCUUCCUCAUUGAGUGCCAUAAAAUAUCUUGCUCCCCCAACUCCACCACACCCCAAUAAUUCAAAACAUGACCAAGAAUAUCUUGCAUGUAACAUUCCAGUUGUUUCUACUCUCAUAAAGAAAAAAAAUGCUGCCUGGCUAGACAAUUUUGAGAGGGUCCUCAGUGGCUCUAAUUCAUGGAUUCUAUGAGAGAUUUGAGUUCUUGAGAUCUCUUAUGUACCCAUCAUCUUCUUUCUUGUCCUUGCGGUCAGUGGCUGAUGUAGAAUUUAUCAUUGUGAGGUAUUCAGAACUGUAGAAACCUCAAAGGUUCCCGCCCUCUAGAAAAAGUAAAAAUAGAUUGAUCAAAAGCUGGCACAGCUUCCAUUAAUACUGUUUGAGUAUUACAUCCAUAUUUGAGUAAAUAGGAAUAUCUGACACUUAUAGGAGAUAUAUGGGGAAGAUAAUAGAGAGGUGGAUGUAUUAAUAGCCAUGAAUGUUUUACAUUUCCCAAGAUUUGAAAAGUCGUAGUCUCUUAUGUGAGUAAUAGUGCCAUGGGAUAUAAAAAUGUGCAAUUAAAAGUUAUCUUGAGAGAUGGAAGUAACUUACUUUUGAAUUGAGCUUGCUGUUCCCAACACUGUGAGGUUUCUGUAAUAUUAGCUUUUAUUUGGAAGCGAUAGUGUAUAGCAUUUUAUGCUGUUUCUUUUAUAUCUGCUGCAAGCAGUGUUCUUGCUAUUCUUUGUACACUGUUUUAAAGUGUCCUGAUUGGCAGAAAAUGAAAUAAUUGAUAAUUCUAUCUAUUGCCAUUAUAAUCGAAGCCUAACAGAAUAAUAAAUGAUACCAUGUCUUCCCUUAUUAUUUUUUUCUAGCCACAUUCAAUUCCUUUCUUUGCAUAUAUAUUAAUUGCAGGGCUGACAGGAUCAACCAGUCCUGAUUUGAAAAUAUUUAUCAUAGAGUAAAUGAUUCAUUCACACAAAACAUAGUGUACCAGCAAAAAUAUGACUCAAAGUAUAUACGUACCUGUUAAACCAUGAUAAGUAGUUUAGUCAUGCUAAGAGUUACAUGGUCCUAAGAAUGCUAACUAGGGAGCAAGCCCAUAACCUUGAGUAACUUACUUCUGCAUAAACAUCUUUGGGAAACAACUUUUAAAUUUACCUACAAAAGUAAGCUGGCUACAUUUAAAACUUAAUCAGCUAAUUCUGUGCCUAUUGCUAAAACUAGUGAUGAAAAAUAAAGUUGAGUGAACCAAUUCAGGACAUAAUUUUUUUAAAGGACUAUCAAAUCAGAUAUAAAUCAGAUUUUAUUAAUUUGAUACACCUGUAUCUCUAAAAUUUGCAGAAAAAUAAACAGCUCCUAAUAAAAAAUAAAUGUAUAGGAAGAAGGAAAAGAAAAUAAUGGCUAUUUUUCCUAUUAGAUAACAAUGGAAAAUAUUACCAACUUUAUCAAGCAAAUUAAUUAGGACAAUAUCCUAGCAUAUUUCUUCAUUGCAUAAAGCUGAACUAUGGAGAUCUUUUUUUAUUGCUGUUGCUUUUGAAUGAGCUGUUUUCAUUUACUUCAGGGAAAGUUUCUACACACAGAAAUUAAAAUGCACAAGUAAAUGUUGUAUGGAUUCAUAAGGAGAUGCUAAGAAAAAAGCAUGUCUCCUUAUAUAUACAAUCUCUGAUUGUAAAAUUCCAUAUUUUAUGAAUGUUAUAUCUAAGGAAAGAAAGUGAACAAAUUAAUUUUGAAAUAACAAUCCCCAGCACAAAUUGCAGCCACAUCCAACAGUAUUGCUAUUAUGUUUAUGGAUUGAGUGAAAGUUGGGUAUAGGAUUAAUUUUCCCUCCUGAUAAAACUUUAUGAACAAUUUUUUAAAGUUUAAAAUGGUGCCUUGUACCUAACUAUAUUUUGCAUGGGACACAAGUUUUUAGUUUCUUCACUCCCAGAUCUGAGUCUUUACAAUACUUAGGUAGCAGGUUUGGGUUUUUUAAAAACAUUUCUUAUCUGUAUGUGAAUGGAAAAAUAUUUCCUACCAGCAACUUGAUGUAUUUUAUUGUAUAUGUCUAAAUACUGUAUUUCUAAUGAUGCAAAUGGUUUGCUCAAAAGUAGAUCAUUUUGGAUUUUGUGUUAAAUCUUUGUCGGUGAUUUUUUUUUAGAUAGAAUUAUUCCUCUUCAAGUAAUUCAUAAUUAAAACACAAAUGGUAAGAAUGCCUAGAGCAUCUUAUUGACAAAGCAGUUUGAAAAAGGCUCUUAAACUACUGACUGGUGCCUUGCAUGAUAAUGGUUCUCUUUUGCCAUGAUGUUCUUUCUCUUACUUCUGUUAAAGAUGACAAUGACUUAACAUAUCUUCAUGCAGAUAAUAUUUCAAUAGAAUGAAUCAGGCAUAUAUAUGUUUCAGUAUAAAAAAGAUUAACAGAUCAAUCAUAUACUGAAUACUUUUUCAUGAAAUUAGACCUGACAUCUAGUUGUCUAAUAAUUAAAAAUGCAUUCUUGAAUACAAUACUUUGAAUAAGAUUAUUCCUGGUUACUAUUGCAUAGGUGUAAUAUGCCUCUUUUGAGUUGUAACACUUCUCAAUACGGUCAAGACUUCCGGAUUAUUUGUACUGCAGAGCAUGCAAUGCUGAUGCAGGCUGAAUUGUGCUCUUCAAAUUCACUUUAAAUGGGAUUGUAAAUGGAGAUGUUAAAUACACUACCAAGUGUUAAAAUAUUUCAUUUGAACAGAAAGGUUUGGAUAUAUGCAUGCAUUAUCAGUUGAAUCUAAAAAUUCACAUCUCAAUUGCCACUAUUUCUUAGUAAAAUAAGAAUGGCCUCUUCUAUAUAUUCAGCCCAUCAGUAAGACAAAAGAAUGUUAUUACAUCAAUACAUUUAAUAGUAAAAUUACACUAUUGUGGAUGCUAUGUAAUAUCCUAAUACAUAGUGUCUUGUAAAAUUCCUUCCAAAUCCAAUACAGCAUAUAUUGAAAUGAUUGGAACUGAACACAAACUUGUUCCUAGUGCUGCUAUAAUACCACAUUUAAGGAAAAUCAAUUUGAUUACUUAGGAAUCCAGCAAAAUAUAAGAUGAAUAGUGAUCUUAGUAAAAUGUUUACCACCACUUAGGAAAUCCCAAUACAUAUACUGCAGUUCUGCAGAAUACAUCAUUAACAAUUGGGAGACUUAAAAAUUAACUCCUAGUAAGUGAAGUGGUAGUUGAAGCAGUCUGGGUUUACAGUUGAUGUUGUUAUUCCAGCAGCAGAUAGGAUUCUAUCAGUAAACAAAAUUAAUCUUUUCCCAUUCCAAUCAGUUCAGAGAGAAUUUAUUUCCAUAAGAUGUAAGAUUUAGUAUAUUAGCCUUAUUAGACUAAAAUUAAGGAGUAGGCUUUCUUUCUACUUGCUUUUUGAAAUUGUAUAGAAAUUGCUUUUACCUAAAGUAUGCUGAACGCUUGGAUUAGAUUGUGGGUUUUCAGUAUACAAAAUUCAAUAAGUCUUCUUUGAGAAUUGAUAUAUUUUGACACCAAAACAACCCUAUUUCACACUGAAAAGUUGAUUUUAAAGGCGUUUCCUAAAUGCAAGGAUUCUCUACUUUUGUCUUACUCCUAAAUUAUUCUAACUAUAAGAGUAGCAAAAGUUAAAAUUUUGUCUUUGGGAAGAAUUAUGAGUAGUAAUUUACAACUUCACUUUUUACUACUUAAAGAAUCUUAAUUAUUGAAGUGGUCUUAUUCUACAUUUGUUAUCUAUAUGAUACUGCUUCUUCUACAAGAUUUUGUAGAAUGGAAGUGAAUAAAAGAGGACAGAUCUGUCAAUAUCCAGCUGUCUGUCAAUCUGUUUUUAAACUUCAUCUAAUCCAAAAUGUUUAGGUGGAUUAGUUUUUUUAACGCAAGAACCUUUAGUGACACAAAGAUGGAAAAUGACAUUUUCUGUCCAUUAAGUAUAGCUCUAUCAGGAUUGCAUUCUUUGUCCUUUUAUCCUCUAAUUUUAUCUAAGACGACUAAUGAUAGAUUUAUUGGCUUAUGUUUCUUUUGGCUUAAGCUAUCUUCUAUCCAAAUUUUGAAAAAUAUUUCUGAUGAAAAAUCAUUCUGCUUUUGCUAACUAACAUAUUAAAAGAUGUCUUGCAAAGGCAGUGGCAAUCUUCCAAAAGAGGCAAAACAUCUCAACUUAAAAAAUACAUCUUUCAUAGUUUCCAGUUAACUUGAAAGGCACAUAGAGCAAUUCAAGGAAUCAAAAUGCUAUGCAACAAUUCUUUUUCCAUGUAUAACAUACAAUCAACUCAAAGCACCACACAACUGUUAUAUCGGCUGAAACUUGUCCAUAAUUAACCCUCACCUAGGCCUUUUUAAAAUGUAUUUUUUCCGUUCAAUAGUUAAUAGUCCUACUUAAACACAGGACUGGGGCUUGUUACUUCUUUAAAAGUGAAAUAUGAAUCAUGUUUUUAUGAUUUUGUAAAUCUCUACUCUUUUUACCUUGUUUUGUAAGCUGAAAUUUCCUAUUAAAAAAGAAAGAAAAAUCCAA